GUGUGUGUGUGUGUGUGCCCUUGUAAUUAUAUCAUCAUGGGGACUUCAGUGUGUUUACACAGUCACGGUGUGGGGACCAAAAUCUUUGUGGGGACCAAAAUCAUGGUCCCCACAACGGAAACCAUGCUAAAUCAGCAGGAGAGAGCCUAUAUAAGGUCUGGAGUGACUAUCAGUGGUGGCCCAUAACUGAUGAUUUUUACCUGGAGUGUGUGUGUGGGAGAUGCUCUACAGCGACGCUAGCGGUCUAGACCAUGCUAUAGCAGGCGAGGAUUCAGACACACACACACGCUGUAAAUUUGCAUAGCGCGGUAACGUACACCUAAUUUGCAUACGGCGCGGGAAAACUUCUAGAGUGAAGACGACGCUGGAAAAGUAACUGGUAAGUUGGAGGCACUUUAUUUCGGUUUCUUAUUUUAUAUUUGCAUGUAAAUAAAUGCAGAUAUUGUAUAUACAAUUAAAUGCAGUAAGUUGUUUUUAGAGAACGUAAGUUUUCGACUACAUUUAAUGUGACAAAUAGUAUAUAAAGUAUGCAAAAAUAAUACCGAACUCGGAAUUUUGUGGUAUUUACGCGCAGUCCUCAGGAGUAGUCGUAUAGCCAAAAGUGAAUAAUUUUAAGUUUUUUCAGUCUCUCUAUAUUAACAAGUAGACAUGUGGCUAGUUAGAGUAUUUUAUUGGAUGUAGUUCUUUGUGUAGUUUGAUUAUUAUUACGCCUUCGAGUGCUUUGUAUCUUAAGUGCUAUCAUAAUGUUUGCUUUACGUCGACAGUAAGCUAAUGCAUUUCGCACGUAGGCUUAAAAUAGUCUACAAAAUACAUUCCUGUUAUUUUAACAUAUUCUUUAUUCUGAAAUAGCUUUGCGAAGUGUCCAGUUUAGUUAAAAUAGAUUUUGUUUGAUGUGUAUCUCGUUUUUAUAAAUGGAAAAACAGGACGUCGAGUAACCAGCUAUAAUAGCGCAUUUGUUUAGCUAGACUGCCAUUGUAGUAAUAUAACAAUAUAGAAAACUGGGUAAGUAAUGUCGUGAGGAUAGUAAAUGUAUUUUUUAUUUUAAAUUGUUCUGUUAACUAUCCGUCAUGAGUGUGAUAGAUACUAUGCAAUGAUUUCAAUUUAUCUUAUGAGGUUUAAUGAUUUUAACUAGUUUAAAAUUAAUUUGCUUUUGAAUUUGCAGAGCUCAAAAUGUCUCGACGAAUCAGUCCUCUAAAUGAUGCUAUUUCACAUGUCGCCACAAAGACAGACAAGAGUACAAAAUUAGAGAUCAAGUACAUAAGUCCGUUAAAAGGCCGUGGAGUGUUCACACUUGCUCCAUUCUUGCACGGGGACUUUAUUGUUGAAUAUAGAGGUGAAUUGAUUAAUUUUGCUGAGUCAAGCAGAAGAAGGGAAGUCUAUCACAAGUUCUGCACAGUCUUUAUGUUUGACUUUAAAUGGAGUAGUCGGACAUGGUGUAUUGAUGCUAGUAUAGAAGAUGGAUCGUUUGGCCGGCUAGUGAACGAUGACCAUCGAAACCCCAAUUGUCGAAUGAAAGUAAUUAAAGUGGAUGGAAAGCCACAUCUGUGUCUUUUUGCAUUAAGAGAUAUAAAAGAGGGAGAAGAAAUAACCUACGAUUAUGGCACAGACGAUUGGCCAUGGAGAGAAAAGGUCUGUUCGCAUUUGACAAAUGACACGACAGCAGACAAGACCGACAAGGAUUCUGGCGAGACCAACCAAAUGGUUACAGAUGAAGAUGACCGUUUGGUAACUUCUGAUUCAGCUGGACAACAGCAUUUGACAAAUGACAUGACAGCCGAGAAGACCGACAAGGAUUCUGGCGAGACCAACCAAAUGGUUACAGAUGAAGAUGACCAUUUGGUAACUUCUGAUUCAGCUGGACAACAGCAUUUGACAAAUGACAUGACAGCCGAGAAGACCGACAAGGAUUCUGGCGAGACCAACCAAAUGGUUACAGAUGAAGAUGACCAUUUGGUAACUUCUGAUUCAGCUGGACAACAGCAUUUGACAAAUGACAUGACAGCCGAGAAGACCGACAAGGAUUCUGGCGAGACCAACCAAAUGGUUACAGAUGAAGAUGACCAUUUGUUAACUUCUGAUUCAGCUGGACAACAGCAUUUGACAAAUGACAUGACAGCCGAGAAGACCAACAAGGAUUCUGGCGAGACCAACCAAAUGGUUACAGAUGAAGAUGACCAUUUGGUAACUUCUGAUUCAGCUGGACAACAGUCCCAGUACUCAGAUAGUGAAGCUGGUGCUGAUGAAUGUGUACCCAGACUCAGAAGAACACGGAGUAUAAAAAUGAAUGAGUUCGUUCCUGAGGGUUCAGAGGAGCUCUUUGAUUCCUUGUCAGAGAGUGGUGAGGACUAUGUUCCCAACUCAAAGACAAUUGAUGAGCUUACUGAGGAGGAAUUCAUGACUGAAGAUGAAGUGGAUUCCGAGCUGCUGAAUAAAGCAUCAACUGGUCAUUCAAUUUUUUUCCUGUUUGGUCUGUUUUGGUAA